CCCACCGACGGAUAACAACGUCCGCCCACCGAUUAUGCGCGAUCAAAGGCAUCUUUCGAUGCACGCGCGCUCGAACUCCAAGCACAGGAACGGCAUGUUCAUCUCUGCUCCUAACACGCCCCAUCUGGGAAGCGCAGCCGAAAGCGGGUUCCAAUUCGGUCAACACGCAAGUCCGGCCCUGACAGCCCAUUCUGCUGGCUCUGGACCAUCAUUUGGCCAAGGCAGUCCCAUGGAAAGCACCCCCGAUCUGGAGCAGACCGGACUUGCGCUCCUUGGUACGCAGUCUAGUCGCUCUAGCCUCUCCUCGGGCGACGUCGGUAGUAUGCCGUACUCCGCUCCCGUGGGAAGCAGUAGCAACGUCCUCCUCCCCGAAAGCAUGUAUUCUUCUGUCACGACGCUGAGCACGGAUAUCUCCGAGCCGCUGGAGUAUGACCGACUAGUGAGCACUCCCCUGCCUCAGCAUAGCGCGCGCAAUAGCGACUCUACCGGGGCGGGGGUGGACGACACCAUCGUCAAUCGUAUCAUGCUCCGCGCGCAGCAGAAUGGCAUCUCAUUGCGUCCUUCCUCGGGAGAUCAAGAACUUAUCGACGCCUAUUUGUACGAAUCGAUCGAGGCGUCCCUCACUAGUCCUACCCGGUCGCUCGCUUCCUCAGCCUCAGACAAUUAUGACGACAAGUACGGCGCGAGCUGGAUAUCGAUGGAUACCGACGCGGAAGAGGAUAUGCAUCCUAUCCUGUUGGACAAGUCUCUCCCGCCCUCACCGAUGACAGACACUAGGACUUCGUGGAGCUCUCGCUCGCCGAGAAAACAGAGCGUGACAGGGAGCAUUUCCUCCCCUGAGCAGUUCCCAAAGCCUUUCCAGCAUCGGCCGCCAGGGCAAUUCCAUCUCCCCUGGUCGACCCCAACCUCGCCUCCAAAAACACCACCUGGAGAUGACGCCGCCUCGGGCUUCCCCAUGUUCGUGGUCAAGGCAUGUCAUGUUGACACGGGCGCGAUCGUCUCCUUCAAAGCGGCGCGUUCUGUGAACCUUCCCGAGCUCCGUAUGCGUCUAGAACAAAAAUUCCUCGACACCGAAGGCCUACGCCUGCAAGAUCCUACAAUCAUCACUACAACUAACAACAACAACCAACAAAAAUGGCGUUUGGCCUACUCGAAGAAAGGCCUUACCCAGCAAGCAAGCCGCCGCAACCUCGCCGCUUUCGCAAUGUCUUCUCCGACCUCGCCCAUGUCCCCCACGUCCAUGACGUCUGUCUCGUCUCGUGCGCGGUCAGACUCGGGUACUUCCCUCGGCUCGGUGGAACUCGAUAGCCUUAUAUUCAUCCACUCGGACGAAGAUCUCAGCGCCGCGCUCGCAGUUGCGGGCAGCGGCAAACUCACGCUGCACAUCGUAGCGUGAACGUGUUCAUCUACUUCGACUUGUUGUCUGUCAUCUCAAAAAAAACCUGUGAAUCACCUGUUUGCUGGUCAUCUUACAUACUGUAUUUUUGGCUGUUUGCAUCUACUCUGACUGUGUCUCACUCUCAUUUCGUUUCCCUCUUGUCUCGUAUACUUGGAAACACGUGUAGCCCUGCACAUACACUCUUUCACCUUGGGAUCUGCCUGUCGGCUUGUCUGUCUUUUCGUGAUCUGCUCUGUUCUCUCUGUCACAUACCGUACAUAUCGUACCCCUCCAGUACCUACCUCUGUAUCUUAGAAGUUCCAAAACUCAAAUUGUCGACAUUCUUGUCUUACUUGCCGGAAUUGGAGAAUAAAUG